GCCAACGAUCAGCUGUUUCCGGUGACGUCACAUACGCUGAAGACAGUGGUUGCUUCCUGUUGUUCGUGCACAAGCGAUACACAAGGAAAUGAGCAGUGAUAUUAACGGGGCCAAUUGCUAUUGUUUUAUAGUAUGCACAAAACACUGUCAAGGUGUGGGAGCUUAGCGGAGUUGUGAAGCCUGUGAGUAGUGAUCGAUGUCUGUUCAGUGUGUUUAUAGUUUAUUCAAUACGAAUAUUGUGGCGGCAAUGUUUGAUGCUCUUGUCAAUGUCAGUCUUGAGAUGUUGCAUCGAGAAAAUUGGUGAGUUGAUGCAUCAUAAACGUUUGCAUAUUUUAUGGAAGUGACAGUCUCAUCAUGGGUCCUAAAAGAAAACGCCACGCCUACGAUGCUUCCUUCAAACUGCGAGCUGUCGCUCGAGCUGAGGCAACAAACAACUGUGCUGCUGCACGCGAGUUUGAAAUCGACGAGAGGCAGGUCCGAAACUGGAGGAAAGAGAAGGCAUCGCUGAUGGAGAUGCCCAAGAACAAACAAUCAAGGCGAUUUACUUUAUCGCCAUUUAUCCAACUUGAAGACAUCCUUGCCGAGUGGGUAUUGGAUAAAAGACAACAUGGCCUCACCGUCACAAGGAGCAUGAUCCGUCUCCGGGCCCUGACAGAGUACAAGGCGAAGAAGGAUGAGUUCAGCUUACCCUCGUCGUUUCAAGCAUCCUCAACUUGGUGCACCCGCUUCAUGAACCGGAUGAAACUGGCCCUAAGAGAUAAAACACACACUGCACAGAAAAUCCCAGAACAAGUAAACACACAAGUGAAGCAGGAACCAUGUGAAGAAACUCAAUCCCGUCCAGAAUGUGAGAUGCCACAGAAUAACUACAUGGACGUUGAGGUGCCGGGCGAUGAUCGCUUGUUGUAUUGCGAGGACUGCAGCAAGGAGUAUGAAGGGGACUGUACAGUACAUGGACCUCUCCUCAUAGUUGCAGACACACAGGAAAUGUCUGAAAAUGAAGACAGAGCAUGGAAAACAAUGCCCGUUGGUCUGGAGAUUGAGGAGUCUGGGAUCCCAGGAGCUGGACUUGGAGUUUGGGCAUCGCAGGACUUGAUUCCACGCAUCUGCUUCGGGCCGUACGAGGGAGACACAAUCAAAGAUGAGGCCACUGCUCAAAGAUCAGGAUACAGCUGGCAAAUACACACAGAUGGACAACCUUCCCACUUUGUGGAUGGCCACAACUGCAGCACGGCCAACUGGAUGAGAUAUGUCAACUGUGCUCGUACGGAGGAGGAACAGAAUCUGACAGCAUUUCAAUACAGAGGUCAUAUCUACUACAGAGUGUACAAGGAGAUUGGUGUGGGUACUGAGCUGCUUGUAUGGUAUGGACACAAGUAUGCUAAGAACCUUGGUAUCAAGAGGCAACUUAAACUCCCAGAGGGCCACACAGAAGAUAUGUACCCAUGUGAUACCUGUGACCUUGGUUUCUCAUCUGUGGUGCUCUUGUGGAAACAUCUGGAGAAGAUGCAUGGAGGGAGACUGACAGCUCAGUUGAGGUUUAUAGUAAACACUCAGGGCGUUAACAUCCAUGAGUUUAUUGAGGAGAUGGAGAAACAGAAACAGGAGACUCACGCAAAGGGCAUUUACAGCCCUGACAUUGUGGUGAAGUCAGAGCCUGAAGAAGAGGACUAUAACAGUGACAUGAAUGAGGACAGAAACACUGGAUGUGAAGAAGCGUCAACAGAAACAAAUAAUCCCAAGAAACAGAAGAGUGAUGCAGAAGGCAUUAACAGCUCUGACAUUGUGGUGAAGACAGAGCCUGAAGAGGAGGACAAUAACAGUGACAUGAAUGAGGACAGAAACACUGGAUGUGAAGAAGCGUUAACAGAAACAAAUAGUCCCAAGAAAAACAAACAGAAGAGUUACGCAAAGGGCAUUAACAGCCCUGACAUUGUGGUGCAGACAGAGAUUCCGAAAGAGGGCAGUAACAGUGUCCUUAAUGGUGACAGAAACACUGGAUGUGAAGCGGCUCCAGGAGGAACAAAUAAUGCCCAGAAACAUAAACAGCCACAGGAAAUUUCCGACUUUCAGUGUCAGGGGGAGCUGAAUUCAGGAAGUAAACCGAAGACACACAUGACUUGUCAAAGAAGAUCCAAACCCUUUCCAUGUAAUGAGUGUAGGAAAACAUUUAUGAAGUCACAUGACCUGGAAACACACAUGAAACUUCAUGGAGUAAAGCCUUAUAAGUGCACCGAGUGUGAGAAAACGUUUGCGCAAGCAAAAUAUUUGCAGAAACACAUGAAGUAUCACACUGGUGUCCGGUCACAUAUGUGUAGUGAGUGUGGGAAGGCUUUUGUAGAAGCAUCAGAGCUUCAGCGUCACAUGAUCUGUCACACCGGAGUCCGACAGUUUCGGUGUAGUGAGUGCGGGAAGACGUUCAGACAGUCUGGAAGCCUUCACAUACACAUGAGGAGCCACAGUGGUAUCAAGCCUUACAAGUGUAGUGAGUGUGGGAUGGCGUUUGUUGUAUCAGGGAGUUUGAAACAGCACAUGAGGUGUCACACUGGAGUCAAGCCAUAUCAGUGUGGUCAGUGUGGGAAGGCAUUUGCCAAAUCUGGAAACCUUCAGGCUCACAUGAGGAGCCACAGCAAUAUCAAGGCUUAUAAAUGUAGUGAGUGUGGGAAGGCGUUUGUAGGGUCAAGUAACUUGCAUAAACACAUGAGGCGGCACACGGGAGUCAAGGCUUAUAAGUGUGGCGAGUGCGGAAAGUCAUUUACAGAGUCGUGUAGCCUAAAGCAACAUAUGAUUCGUCACACGGGGGUCAAGCUUUGUAAGUGUCCUGAGUGCGGGAAAUCGUUUACACAGUCCUUGGACCUGAAACUACACAUGAGGUGUCACAAUGACAAGCCGUAUAAGUGCGGGGAGUGUGGGAAGGCAUUUACAGGGUCAUGUGACCUGAAGCAACAUAUGAGGUGUCACAGUGGGGACAAGCCAUAUAAGUGUGAAGAGUGUGGAAAGGCGUUUACACAAUCGGGUAACCUCAAGAUGCAUUUGAGAUGUCACAGUGGUGUGAAACCUUACAAGUGUGAUGAGUGUGGGAAAGAAUUUACGCAAUCGAGUAACCUCAAGAUCCACUUGAGAUGUCACUCUGGUGUCAAACCUUUUAAGUGUAAUGAGUGUGGCAAGGAAUUUACACGAGCAGGUACCCUGAAGAAGCACCUGAGAUGUCACAGUGGCAGUAAACCUGAUCAGUGUUGUUAGUGAUGGAUGGUGUUUACAUGAUCACGUGACACUGAGACACACUUUCCCCGCAGGAAACAGUUACACCAUCAGGUCAACUGAAAAGACUACAGAGUCAGGUCACCUUAACAUGUACCUUGUUGAAAGGGUGAAGGUGAAGCCUUUGGUUUUCAUAGGUUUGAAAAAGCUUCCGUGUGUGUGUGUGUGUGUGUGUGCGUGUGUGUGUGUGUGUGUGAAGAAGCUUCCAUUUGUGUGAGAAGCUUCCAUGAGUGUGUGUCUCUGUGUGAAGAAGCUUCCAUGAGUGUGAAGAAGCUUCCAUGAGUGUGUGUGUAUGUGUGUGAAGAAGCUUCCAUGAGUGUGUGUGUGUGUGUGAAGAAGCUUCCAUGAGUGUGUGUGUGUGAAGAAGCUUCCCUGAGUGUGUGAAGAAGCUUCCAUGAGUGUGUGUGUGUGAAGAAGCUUCCAUGAGUGUGUGCUUUCAUGUGUGUGUGAAGCUUUCAUGAGUGUGUGAAGCUUUCAUGAGUGUGAAGAAGCUUCCCUGAGUGUGUGUGUGUGAAGAAGCUUCCAUGAGUGUGUGUGUGAAGAAGCUUCCAUGAGUGUGUGUCUGUGUGUGA